UUAUUAUUUGCAUAUAUACAUAAAAAGUGUGUAUUGCGCGCGCACUGUAUUUGAGGAAUUAUUAUAAAUUAAAAAUUACUCUACACUUUUCUAUACAUGCGCAAACAUAUAAAGUAUCAGCAUAAUUGUUUUUAAUUAUUUUCUGUCUAUUCAAAAAGCUUUCUUUUUUUUCGCUUAUUACGUUUAUUGCCGUGAGAACGGCUGACUCUGCACGGCAGUUGAGUUGCGUGAGAGAACUACAAAAAGAGAAAGAGCGCCAGGAAUGAGCGAGACGUCUCUUUAAUCUAUGCCGAAAACUACGACGACAUUAGAUAAAAAGAAAGAGCAAGACUCAUAGAUCAAACGACAUUCAAGGUCCGAACGUCGGUACGCGAAGAGUGUAAAUUCAAUGAUGAAGUUGCGACCAAGACCAGACACGUAGGCAGUUACUACGAAAUAAAUGCAACUCGUUUAUCUUGUACAAAAUUGUACAACAGAAUUUCAUAAAAUACACAAAAUUCGAGCGGAUUGUGCAAAAUGGCAAUAAUGACCAAGUGUGCGUUCUUCGACGUAGUCUUGAUAUUCUCGUCGCUUUUGACGACGUUUUACUUUUGGAUGAAGUGGAAGCAUUGGUAUUGGCAAAGACGCGGAAUACGUUCGUUACCUACACACUGGUUCUUCGGCCACUUGAAAGACGCGAUUCUGAUGCGCAAGCCGGCAGGAGUGAUUCUCGCCGAGCUGCAUCAACAAGCCAAUGAUGAUGACGAGGUUUUGGGAAUCUACGUGUUGCACAAACCGUUUCUGCUAAUAAGAAAUCCGGAACUGAUAAAACAAAUAAUGAUUAAGGACUUUCACGCGUUCUCGAAUCAUCACUUCACCGCAAAGACCAAUGCCGACAGUGUCAGCAAAUGGUGCCUCGGUUUCGUAGACAAUCCUGAAUGGAAAUAUCUGCGGAUGAAAAUGACGUCGGUAUUCACGAGUAGCAAACUGAAGAAUCUUUUUUUGUUGAUGCAAGAAUCCGGGGAAGCGAUGAGGGAUCAUCUGCACGAUCGGUUCACAAAUGUUUCCGAGGUGUCAUUCAAUGUCCAAGAUACGUUUUAUAGAUACACUACUAACGUCAUAUCCUCCGUUGCGUUUGGGAUUCGAACAAACUGUUUUGACACACCGACGCCAGAAUUUUAUAAGAAGUCACGAGACGCUUUUCGAAUAACUCUCCUGGGGUCAUUACGAUUCUUCUUUUUGUAUUUCUUGCCGAAUAUUGGAAAAUAUAUGGGUGGGAAGAUGCUUGGAGACAGCACGGAUUAUUUCCGCAAAGUUUUUUGGGAUUCUAUGGACAGUAGAAGUCUCACGAAAACUAAACGGGGAGAUCUGAUAGAUUCUCUUUUGCAAUUAAAGGCUGAACCAGACAACGUUCCAUUUCAAUUCGAAGGAGAUGCUCUUUUCGCUCAAGCAGCAAUUUUCUUCGUGGCCGGUCGCGACACCAGCAUCAGUACCAUGACUUACGUUCUCUGCGAAUUGGCCAAACAUCCAGAAAUACAGAAACGUGUGAGGCAAGAGAUCCUCGAGAAGAUUAAAGCGGCAAACGGUCUCACGUACGACGCUGUUCGCAAUAUGAAGUAUUUGCAUCAAGUGAUAAACGAAACAUUACGACUGUAUCCACCUGCACCAAUUCUUGACAGACUUACUGUUACGGAAUACACGUUUCCUGGCACGAAGAUAACAAUCGAGAAAGGGACACCGGUAUACGUCUCGGUGCGCGGUCUUCACACUGAUCCCAGAUAUUAUGCGGAUCCCGCGCGUUUUGAUCCUGAACGAUUUAGCGAUGAAAAGAAAAACGAGAUUACACCCUGCACUUUCGUGCCCUUCGGCGAGGGUCCGCGAAACUGUAUUGGUAUGCGAUUAGGAUAUUUGCAAACUGCCAUGGGACUAAUAGCAAUUCUGCGUGAUUACGAGGUAUCUUUGAAUCCUUCUUGGUUAUCCGCCGUGGAUGCGCGGAACGUGUUCACUUCUCCGCCAACCGGUUUUCUGUUGGACUUGAAGAGAGUAUAAUAUUUUAAUAACGUGUAUUAUUUUAUUAUUAUUUUUUUUAAUAUCUAAUAUUUUCUGAAAAAAUAAGU